AUGAGGACAGCUGGGUCAGAAAUGGAACUCCCUCAGCUGUCAUCCACGGCUGCAGUCACCUUCAACUAUGAUUACUACUACGAUGACCAGUGCCAGCACCAGCACCUGCAACAUAUGUCUGUUUUCCUCCCUAUCCUUUAUAGUGCCGUGUUCCUGGUGGGCAUUGUUGGCAACUCAAUCCUGAUAGUGGCCUUGGUCUUCAAGCAACGGGUCCAGAGGCUGAUUGACAUCUUCAUCAUCAACCUCGCUGCAUCUGACUUCAUCUUCCUCAUCACUCUUCCUUUCUGGGUGGACAUGGAGGUGUCAGACGAGAGCUGGAGGGUAGGAUCUUUCCUCUGCAAAGCCAGUUCCUAUGUCAUCUCAGUCAACAUGUACUGCAGCAUCCUGCUCCUCACCUGUAUGAGUGCUGACCGCUACCUCGCUAUCAUGCACCCCUCUAUCGCACGGCGGAUCAGGACAAGAGCCUAUUCCAGAGCACUCUGCAUCUGUGUCUGGUUAUUAUCCUGCUGCUUAGGGAUGCCAACCCUUUUGUCCAGAGAACUGAGGAAGCAAUACGGAAAGACUUACUGCACAGACAAAGCCAUGACAGAAGUCAAACUGAUCAUGUCACUGAUGCUUUUAAUCCUGGCCUUCUUCUUCCCACUGUUAAGUAUCUUAACCUUUUACUGCUCCAUCACCAAGAGACUCUGUGUGCACUAUCAGAAGGCUGGGAAACGUGAUAAGAAACUGAGAAAAUCCAUCAAGAUCGUCUUCAUUGUAGUGGCAGCAUUUGUUGUCUCCUGGGUUCCUUACAAUCUUUUCAAGCUUAUGGCCAUCCUUUUGCAACUCCUAAAGCAGCCUGACUGUUUUACUGGCACCGUUGCCCAGCUGGGCAUAAAGGUGAGCAGCCCUUUUGCUUUUGCCAAUAGCUGUGCCAACCCUUUCAUUUACUUUUGCUUUGACAACUACAUCCGCAGAGCCAUGCUCCAGUGCCUGUGCCCAUGGGUGAAAAUCAGCAGCAACAGCUCUGAAACCCUGGACACCAACUUGAGCCAUUCCUUAUCCAAUUUCGUGGCAGGGGAGUUUGCCACCAGGAAGAGGAAGCGCUCUGUGUCCCUCUAACUUUGAGCUGGGACUGCGGAGGAAGGAACUUUUUCCCCAGAGAUGGCAGAAAAAGAAAAAG